ACCGCGAGCGGCCAACACGUAUCCGGCGCGUUGUGCAGCGGAACAGCAGCAAAGGCAGCAAAAACAACUGAAGCAACAACGAACCGAUAAUAGGCAGCACAGCGCAACUGAAGUGUGAAUACGAAUUGAGGUUAUGUAAGGCGAAAUAGCCAAAGGCGAAAACAAAACGAAUAAGCAGCUGGCUGCAACGGUCAGCUCAUCCCCCCGGAAAGGUAAAUAGGAAGCAAGCAGGAGCUCUCGCCAUGGAGGAGCCCAAGACACAGGCGCAGGCGCAGAGCCAUCCGCUGGAGGAUGUGGCUCUCAAUGAGAGCGACGAGGACAGGCAGACGGCCAGGCCCAGGAAUUGGGUUAAGUUCGAUGAUGAGGCAGACGGCAGUGAGAAAAACAAUAACAGCGAUGCCACACAGCAACCGCAGCAGCAGCAGCAGCAACAACAAAACAAGUUGACUCUGCCACCGCCGCCGUCGGUGGUGAGCAGCAACAACAACCGGAGGGCGCGCUCGCGCAGUCCCAGCAAUCCGUCGCCAACAACAACAACAACAACAACCACACCUGUCCAGCGCCCGGUUGUCUCUUCGACCACACCUGCUGCACCGGCCGAAGUCCAGGCAACGUCCCCGGAUGUGGCACCCGCUGUCCUGACAACUGAGAGCACGCACGUCAAUCUCAGUGCAUCCGGCAGUGGCGUUGUCAGCGGCAACAUUGCCGGCGGUGCCAGUGCCCCUUCAAGUGCGAGUGCAAGUGCCUCUGGCCCAGUGGCGCCGGUCCGGCACACCCCGCAUCUAAUAAACCAAAAAGCGCAGUCCGCACUCCCCUCCUCAGCGCAGUCUGCAGCGGCGUCUUCCAGCCACCAUCACAAUGGCAGCGGGGCCAACGGCACAGGAGUCACCCAGCCAGUGGACCAGGGAUCCGGGAUGCGGACGAUAGAGCUCUCAACGGGUCGCAUUCGUGAAGGAUUCGCUAACGGCGAUGUGAUUGUCACCCUUCUGCCGGCCAACACGAAAUGGCCGUGGAUAACGCCUGCCAUAUUCCGUCCGGAGCUGGUGCCCGAGGAGCUUAUGGCCCAGGGCCUAACGCUAACUGUAGAGGACUACGUGAACGCGAUGGAGACGCUGGUGAAUGACUACCGCUUUACAGUGUACAACAUUUGCUACAAGCGCAUCCUGGUCUGCUGGAUACUGUUCGCCUUCACUGUCCUGCUGGCGCUGCUCUUCUCCGGCCUGCAGGGCGUGGCCCUGUUCGCCCUCGGCGUGGGUUGGCUCUUCCUGAACGCGGCGGCCAUCUUCCUGUGCAUGUGGGUGAAGCUGCGCCUGUCGCGCGGCCUUGAGAAGUGCUUGGCGCGCGUGAACCGGCAGCUGGUGCGGCACAAGAUCCUGCUGGUGCUGGACGAUCGGGGUCGCAUCUCGUGCCACAAGGUAAACCUCUGCUUCAUGUACUUCGAUGCCACGCAAUGCGUGAGCUUCCUCAACGAGUUCUUGGAGCACACCGAGCAGACGGGCGGCGAGGCCAUCAAGGCGGGCUGGGAGGCGAAGCUGGACAUUGACCUUAACGACAUCGUGAUCCAGGGUAGCCAGCCGGUGCGAGUGCCCCGCAAGCAGGAGCGCGGCCUGCAGCUGUUCCUGCGCUAUGGAUCCCGGUGGGGCAUGGAGGCCCUGAGGGGACUGGUGGACGUGACGCCCCUGGAGCCGGGACGCCACUGCGGACAGUUCCAGUGCCCCUGCCAGUACAUCAAAGAGCACCUGCAGUGCAAACCGCGAGGCAAGUUCAAGUGUUGCAAUUUUGUGCAUUGGGUGAUGGCAUCUGAGCGCUACGACAGCGACAGCUAGAGCUUGUUGAAUGUUUGUGUGUGCUACCAAAGUAUAACUAAUUGAAUUUCCAGAGGCUUUGCUCCUAAUCCUAAAUGAAUUUAGCCCCAAACAGAGCAUAUGCAGUAAAUGCAGUCGAGACAAUACCAAUAAGCUACCACAGACACUAAUCUGCCAGACUUUAUCCUCUAUAUUUGCAAUUGAUCAACUCUCUUUCGUUUCAGAUGUCAGCCCCUAGGGCAGUGGCAAAGUCUGGUAGUUUUUGGUAUUUCUCCUAUUUCUGGCUCUCUGAAUCUCCUCCUCUCCUUAUUUUCAUAACUUCAAUGUGUCUAAAUUAACCCAGCAAUAUAAUUACACAAUUCUGAUCAACCGUGUUUCUUUUAUGCUCCCAAAAUUUUACAUUAAACAGUUGCCAUAAACAGCAUUGGCCAAGUAGUUUGGACCCGAUUCCCCUUGUUUGGUGGCUAGACAGUAAACUGGGUGUUGGCCCUACAAAAAAACCCUCCUAAUCCCCCCACACGAUUACAGUCGAAGAAAAUAUUACCUACUAAGCCGUUUCGAUAUUAUUUUUCCAAAUACCGCAAAUUAUGUACUUACCAAACGCAAGCGAGUGAAUUUCUUAUUAACAUAAGUCUUGUAAAUGAUUGUCCAUAUACGUACUAUGUUGUUGGUGUCACAAAUAAAUGUCUUUAUGUGUGUUAUUAA